AUGGACGAGCCACAAUCCAGAGCAUCAGAGGUCAUUUCCCUGCCAGAACGUUCCUCGUCGCCUUCACCAUCUAUUCCUGCUACACCUGCCAUUUCUUCAUAUUCCUCCCCAGACCGCACCUUCUCCUCCGUCUCCUCCCGCUCCGCUUCUUCUUCGACCUCCGCCGACGCUCGCUCCACCGUCUCAACGUCCUCUAGACGCCAUGGAUACGUCCGGGCAUUUGGCGGCGAGUUCGCUGAAUCGGCUCGACACCGAGACAGUGUCAUGAGUCUGGGCAGCAUCGCCCAUUUACAAUACUACUUUGCUCGUACGGGUUUACUAGACGGGAAGACGGGCCGAGGCAAGGAGUUCAAAAAAAAGAAUGGCGAGAAUGUGCCACGGGUGUUAAUCACCCCGAACGCAGCAAAUAUAGAUGAUCAAGAUUUUGUGGCCAGCCCCUCAGAAAUCACAGAGUCACCAGAGUAUGAUCUCAACUUGGAGGAUGAGGAUGGGGAGGUUAUGCUGCCUCCUACCGUCAGUACUUACAGCAUUAAGACACACCAUAUCCCGCCACCCCCAGAUCUGAUCUCCCUGCGUCGCGAUCUGCAGGUUGCCCUGGAGAAAGCAGACAGUAAUAUCGAGGCGGUUGAAAAUGGCAUAGAGCCACCACCCCGCGAACCAAUACGAACUAGUCUCUCACCAGGAGAUAUACCCGAGACUAUGGAUGAUAAUUCCGCGCGAGAACCUCCGAUACCAUCUAAUAAGGAGGAAGCGCAAGGAAUGUCCAUCCUGGAUGAUGUGACGUUGGCCAUUCGCGCCGCCAAAAUAUACUAUACCGCGCACCCGCAUCCAGAACGUCUCGCGUCAAUUAAAAGUGAUAGCGAAAUCCGCAAGGAUCUUUUCCACGUUCUAGAUGCGUUAAAACGCUGGGCAGCGCGACAUUUUGCCUGUGGACUCCGGCCUGAAGAACGCGACGUGAUUCAGGGGUGGAUUGCGGGAGUUCGAACAAUGCUCGUGAGAGAAAAGGCGCUGGAAGAUCUGGAAGCUCAGGAGCGAGAAAACUGGGACUGGGCUCGUGGGGAUUGGAAGGGACGAGAACGGGCCCGCGAGGAAUCUUUUCUCCGAAGUUUGAUGCCUGGUGGUCAUACCUUACCAGAAUGGACUCCGAUUGCAGAUGAUGCUACGGUUGAGACUCUGCCGACUGAAUUUCUGGAACAUUUCAGGGACGGCCGCAUCUUAGUCCAGUUACACAAUAUUGCGGUCAAGAAGUCGAAGCGACCCUUUGGUGAAAUUAAGGCCUUUCAUGAAGAUAUCGCGAAACCUUACCGACAAGCAGACAAUCUCCGGUUCUGGAUUAAGGCUGCGGAAUUGCGAUGGGAGCUUCGGUUUAAGGUGGAUGUAAUGGGUGUCGUUCAAGGGACUAGUGAAGCAGCUUGGAUACAAUUUGAUACCGCACUACUGGCUUGGUGCAAGACUGUCCGAGAGGAGCUUGUUCGGGACUGGCAGGCAGCCAACCCGGGACGACCUCCCAGUGCAGGACUGAUUUAA